AUGGUUCCUGCAACUUACAUAUCAGAAGUUAGGGACAUCAUUGUGUCACCACCAGCUACAGAGAGGUACGUAAAAUUAAAGUCAGAGUUAAUUAAGAGACUUAGUGCAUCUCAGCAACAAAAAAUUAAGAGACUACUUGAGCACGAAAAACUGGGCGAUCGAAGACCUUCUCAAUUCUUACGACAUUUACAGUCUUUAGCAGGCACAACAGUACCAGAUAAUAUCGUAAGGUCUCUGUGGUUAGGUAGACUACCAUGGUCUACACAGGCUAUUCUAGCUACUCAAGCUAAAGCUAGUUUGGACGCAGUUGCCGAGCUAGCUGACACAAUCUCUGAAGCUAUAGCUCCUAGCGCCCAAAUUUCAGAAGCUUCCAACGCGCGUGAAAGUACCAUCGAUAAAUUGACAGCCGAAUUAGCUGAAACGAAAAUUCAGCUAGCUAAUGCUCAGGCAAAUGCUCAAGCACAAACUCACACAAACCAUCGAAACCGCAGCAACUAA